AUGAAGCUCAACGUCACUUACUUCUUCCUUCUGGUCGCUCUGACGGGCCUUGUGUGCGCCGAAUGGUCUGGCCGCGUCGUCAACAAGUGCGACUUCGACAUAUGGGCUAAGACAACUCGCCAGAAGGACGCAGGUGGCAACGGUGUUCUCGACUCUCAGAUGGUCAAGGUGUCCGCCAAGGGCGGUAUCUACGACGCUGCAUUCUCACCUACAUUUGGCAACGGCGAGGGUGCUCCGGAUGCUCCAGACCACGCCCACGGCAUCACCAUCAAGCUGCAGAAGGAACAGGACCCGGGCUUCACGAGCGGCCACGUGUACCAGUUGGAAUACACGCCUUACUGGUAUCAGGACCCUAGCAUCCAGUGGCUGUCUGCCGACCUCUCCGUCGUCGAUGGAAACCCGUUCACCAACGUCGUCCGCCUUGCCGAAGUUCUCGUCAACGGCCGUCUACUUAACCCGUCUGCUUGCCAUUCAGUCACCGACGGUGCCAGCUCUGCACUCCUCUGCACUCCAAGUAUGAACCCAUGCUCGUAUGAGUGGCAGCCCGGCCAUGCUCUCUCAGCCAACGAUCCCAGGGCCAUGGACCUCCCGGUUAACGACACAUGUCCACCGAUGAACACCAAGCCCGGCUGCUCACACCCGAUCGAGUGCCGCACUGGCUCAACUGGAGUCUUCCAGUUCACUCUCUGUGCUUGA